UCCGGGCUUAAGUUCUUAGGUCCAGCCAAAUCAUAUGUUCGUUCUACAAAUUUUGAACACUAUUUUGUUAAUUGAACGACGACAUGUUGCCUAAUACGAUAUCGAGGUUGUCACAGAGGCUCCCUACAUGCGUCAGAAGUUAUGGAGCACUUGCUAACUUUAAAGCAACAAAUGAACCUAUACUUCAAUUCCUGCCUGGAAGUCAAGAGAGAAAAGAUGUAGAAGCUGCAGUGGCAAACUUCCAAAGUGCACAAACAGAUAUUCCAAUAGUGAUAGGGGAUGAGGAGAUAAGGACUAAUCAAGUGAAAUAUCAGGUGUCUCCAUUUGAUCAUCAAAAGCAAAUAGCCAAAUACCACUAUGCAGAUGGUAACCUUAUUCAGAAAGCAAUAGAUGUUAGCCUUAAAGCCAGGCAUGAUUGGGAGAGAGCACCUUUUGAGAAGAGAGCUGAAGUGUUUCUGAAAGCUGCUGACAUGAUUGCCAAGGAGCGACGUGGGGAGGUACUGGCAUCCACUAUGCUAGGGCAGGGAAAGAAUCUCAUUCAAGCUGAGAUUGACUCUGGACCUGAACUCAUUGACUUCCUGAGGUUUGACGUAGAAUAUGCCUUGGAACUGAUGAAGUACCAGCCGAUUAGUGAGGGUUCUAUACACAAUAGCAUGGUCUACAGGGGUAUGGAAGGAUUCUGGGCAGCUGUCUCACCAUUCAACUUCACAGCUAUAGGUGGACAUCUCACCUCUGCACCAGCCCUCAUGGGUAAUGUUGUGCAAUGGAAGCCUUCUGAUACUGCUAUGUUGUCAAGCUACACAGUCUACAAGAUCUACAGAGAGGCAGGCCUCCCUGCAGGCAUUAUCAACUUCCUACCCUCAGAUGGCCCAGUGUUUGGAGAUGCAAUCACAGCCUCCCCUGAUUUAGCUGGCAUUAACUUCACUGGCAGUGUCAGAACAUUCCGUCACUUAUGGAAACAGGUAGCCAACAAUCUGGAGAAUUACAGAUCAUUCCCACGUUUGAUUGGAGAAUGUGGUGGCAAGAACUUCCAUUUCGUGCAUAAAUCAGCCGAUGUAGAUUCUGUAGUCAUGGGGACAAUAAGGUCAGCAUUUGAGUAUGGAGGCCAGAAGUGCUCAGCCUGUUCCAGAGCUUAUAUACCUCAGUCUAUGUGGCCUGAAGUGAAACAAAAACUAGUCAAUAUACAGAAAGAAAUCAAACUGGGCUCAGCCCUUGACGCAGACACCUUCCUUUCAGCUGUUAUAGAUGAUAAGUCAUUCGAUCGUAUCAAAGGAUACCUCAAUCAUGCGAAGAGUUCCGACAAUCUAGAAAUAGUUGCUGGGGGAAACUGUGAUGACAGCAAAGGAUACUAUGUAGAGCCCACAAUUAUUGAAACCAAAGAUCCUCAGGAUACAAUUAUGCAACAGGAAAUAUUUGGCCCUGUGUUGACAGUCUACCCAUACCCUGAUGACGAGUACAAGAGUGUCAUGAAUCUGGUCAACACAACGUCUCCCUUUGGUCUUACAGGAUCUGUAUUUGCCAAAGAUCAGGCCAUCAUAGAUGAGGUACAUGACACACUCAUCCAGGCAGCAGGCAAUUUCUACAUCAAUGAUAAAUCUACAGGUUCUGUCGUUGGCCAACAGCCCUUUGGUGGUGCUAGAAACUCAGGUACAAAUGAUAAAGCUGGAGGCCCCCACUAUCUGCUGAGGUUCCUCUCCCCACAGGCAGUCAAGGAGAGUAAAGCCAAUUUAGGAGACUGGAAAUACCCAUAUAUGGAAGGAUAAGUCAAUUGUGUAGACUGGAAAUGCCCUUAUAUGGAAGAAUAGAUAAUGCAUGAAAGAGAAUCGGUAACCUGAGUAUCUCUUCAAAUGUAUUAUUUCAAAUCUAUCACAAAUUGUUUGUUUUUGGAAAUGUGCAACAGGGUGGAGGUCAUACAAUUGAGUUCAUUAACAAGGGAAUACUACUGUACUCCUGGUAUAUUUCACGCGUUUUAAUUUUGCAAAUUUUGAGAAAUCACAAUUAAGCAGAUCGUUGUUCCCUCUUCAAAAGAAGAGAUGCGAAAAUCUUUCCUUAUAAGGUCAAAAUAUUUCCCAUGAUGCAGUUCGCAGUGGAACAAAUUU